CUCUCUCUCUCUCACUCACUCUCUCUCUCUCUCUCUCUCUCUCUCUCUCUAUCCCUCUCUCAGAGCUGGGAGACGCGGCACGCAGCGGCAGAAGAUGGCUGAGCGCACCGGGCAGCGCGAGCUCCGCACGGCGGCAGCGUCGUUACCCCCGUCCCUCUCCCUGGGGCGAACCUGAAACCCCCUCCUCCUGUUUCUCCUCCUCAAAACACAAACCCAAAGGUUCCCGGUGUCUACACCGUCGCUCCGUGUGUCCGCGAGCCCACGUUAUUUCUCCUGACACACACACACACACACACACAGGCGCGCGCAGGAAUUUUUUUUUCUGGUUUUGUUUUCUUUAAUCGCAGCAUGGCGGAAACGGAGAAGGAGGGCAGCAGAGCUCCGGAGAGCAAGAGGAGCCGGAAACCCGCUCACCCCGUCAAGCGCGAGAUCAACGCAGACAUGAAGAGUUUUGCAGAGAACACGAUGAACGAGCUGCUCGGUUGGUACGGGUACGACAAAGUGGAGCUGCGAGACUCGGACGACAUCGAGAUCCGUAACUAUCCGGACGGGGAAAUCCGCCAGCACAUCUCCGUCCUGAAAGAAAAUUCUUUGCCAAAAGCGGUGAUGCCCGAGGCCAGCUCGUCUCCUCCUCAUGCCAACAGCUCCUCUUCAACUCCGACAUCACGCAACGGCGUCGCCACGGAGACGCCUGCUAUCCCUGCCUCCUCCUCCUCCUCUUCCUCGACAACUGUUGCCAAGGAGCAAGGGGGCAUGCCAAUCAUAGUUCCCAUGAUUCCACCCCCACUCAUCAAACCACCAGCAGAGGAGGACAUGUGUAACGUUCAGAUCGUUUGUGCGUGGUGUCAGAAGGUCGGCUUGAAGCGUUACUCCCUCAGCAUGGGCUCGGAACUCAAGAGCUUCUGCAGCGAGAAGUGUUUCGCCGCCUGCCGACGCGCCUACUUCAAGCGCAACAAGGCCAGAGAGGAGGAGGCCUCCACGCAGCACAGCAAAGACACGCCCAGACUUGUCCUCAAGACACACAGCGAUGCGCUUUCAGGGGUCAGAGGUGAAGGAGACGCGGGAGACGAGUUGAGAUGUAAACCAGAGGCGCUAAUGUCCGAGGUGUGUGACUGGUGCAAGCACAUCCGCCACACUAAAGAGUAUCUGGAUUUUGGCUCGGGUGAGAGGAGACUCCAGUUUUGCAGCGCUAAGUGUCUCAACCAGUACAAGAUGGACAUCUUUUAUAAAGAAACCCAGGCGGCUCUGCCUGCUGGACUGUGUAACCCCGUUUAUCCGGCCGGAGACGGAAAAACGGAAGUAAACCCCGGGGUCCAACUUCUGACCCCUGAUUCUUGGAACGCACCUUUGAGUGAACUAAGGCCCCGCAAGGCACCAUCGCCAGGGGCAACAACAUCCGGGGCCGGACACUCGGGAUCAGCAUCUGCAUCACCCUCUGAUUCCAGCGCCGCAGGUUCAGCGUCUUCAUCAUCAUCAUCUUUGGUUAAAAUCCCAACGCCAAGGCCACAUGAGAGUCCAACAUUGCACCCACCACCACCACCCCUGCCACCACCCCCUGCCCCUGGAAUUCACCCUCCAAUGGGUGUGGUGCCCAAUGGAAGUCCUCCAAUGGUCAUGACGCCCCGUGGUCCGGUGCCUCUGCCCUUCUUUAUGGAACAUCAGAUGAUGCAACAAAUCCGCCCUCCCUUCCUACGUCCUCCUGGCCGCAACAGCCCCCUUCCUAAUCCCAUGAUUCCUGGAAUCGGGCCACCUCCUCCACCUCGGACCUUGGGUCCUCCAUCUAGUCCCAUGCACCGACCCCUACUUUCACCCCAUAUCCACCCUUCUUCGACCGCCACCUUGUCGGGUAACCCUCCCGGAAUAAUGCCGCCUCAUCCAGGUACACACAUUCCUGGACUUCCCUUCCCUCCGUUUAACUUCAUGCCACCUGGGCCCAUUCCAGGGCCACCUAUGAUGAACUUUGGCAUGCCGUCACUGGCACCGUUAGUACCCCCUCCGAUGCUCUUAGUGCCGUAUCCCGUAAUUGUGCCAUUACCAGUGCCGAUUCCCAUCCCUAUUCCUAUCCCAAUCAGUCCAAAGGCAUCAGGCGAUCGCUCCGGGAAUGACGGGAUGCUUCCGGACGUUUCUGGUGAGCACAGUGACUCGCAGGACUCGUCCUUCUCUCCCAGUUCAUCAAGAGGAGAAGGUGGAGCUCAUAAGCAAAAUUCCUCCAGCUCAGACGUGCUUUCUCCAGGCAUUUCCAGCCAAAUGGAACGGCACAGUAUGAGCUUGAUUAAAACAGAAAGCGCUGGAAGUUCCAGUUUAUCACAUCCAGGAUCUCCUACAGAAGCACCAGCAAACGGAAUAAUUGACUUGACGACAAACCGGCGCUCACGGCAGCAGCUAGUGAUCCAGAGAGCCAUGCCGUGCGUUCAGGUGAAGCCCGAGCCCGAAUCAACCACAACCACUGGGCUUAGCGUGUCAAGAGUGGGUGAAUGUGAAGUGAACGAGAGAGAUUACUGCAGCACAGGGCCAUUAGAGGACACACAAAAAGACAGAGACACAGAGGUUAAAAGCCCACUGAACAACAUAACUCUGCCUUGUGCUGACCCUUCAUUCUGCAGUGCUACACCUCUACUAUCUCAACCAAUCACAUGCAGCCUUUCUACCCCCCUGGCCAGCAUCUCCGUGAAGAAGACAGAGCCAGGUACUGGUACGCCUUGUAAUGUGAUCGUCAACGGCAGCUGCAACAUGCAGCCACUAGAACCCACAGUCCGGACACCCCCUCCAGAACAGCGCCCUUCUGUGGAAAUGAACCGAAGGACAGCCACAAUCUGUGAUGAGCCAACUGAGGGAGAGGACCUGAAGGAAAACAGCUGCUCAGCCAUUGAGAGAACCUUAUCCGAGCAGGCUGUAGCACCUGGGCGUGCCGGAGAGGAAAAGUCCCAAGAGGCAGAGGAUGCCGCAUCUGGAGCAGAUCAUGCAUACGCCUUGCCCCUCAUGCCUAAACCGGGCUGCGUCAUUCAGCCUGUGCCAAAACCAGCAGAUAAGACAGCGGCCAUAUUGCCGUGCGGCUUGGAAGCUCCGUUAUCGGCAGCGGGGGCAGCAGACAUGGAGCCGCCGUUGAAAAGGAGGUGCUUGCGCAUCCGCAAUCAGAACAAGUGAAGAGUGAGAAAGCUAGCAGACACUUACAUCUCACCAAAGGGACAAGAGCGCAGCACUGCAGCACAUCCCACCAGUCCACCAACCAACAUGUCAACACCUGCCUCUGCUCCUCCAUAACCUUCUCUACAAGCUCGGUCAUGUCUCGGAUAGAUAAAUAAUUGCACUUCCUACCAACAUCAUCCCGGAACAGACUGAUCCUUUGGAUUCCUUCGAGGGACGAAUUUUUCGAUUGACCUUUCAACUUCCGACUUUUCACCGUCCUCUGUUUCUCAUCACUGUUUGGUAAUAAUCUAUCUACACGGACGUGUCUCCCUCUACAGGUCUGGUGUAGCGCUGCAGUGCUAAGGAUUGUAAUGUACAUAAGAGGGCCAAAACAUGGGUGAUUAAGCCAAAACAGCAAUCAUGAGAGGUCCAGUGGACUGCCAAUGAAACAUGCAAAAGAUGGACAGGACCAGCUCCUGAACAGGCCCGGAAGCGGGCCUUAAACAUGGCCUUAAACGCGAGGCCUGCCACUCAGAUGUGCCCACAGAUGACAGACAAGUAUUUUUUGUUUAGUUUCAGUGUUCAGACAAGACAAGUCUGCGUUUGUCUAUAUGAGGAGAAAGAGAAAGAGCUGGAACUCUGGGAUGCCAGUGGUGUGACACUUUAGAUGGAUAGAGUGCCAAGAAAGUAAUGAAAAAUGGUCACUGUGGUCACAUCCUUUUGUGACAUCUCUUUUUUUUUUUUUUUUUUUACUUCUUUCUUUGGCACCACCAGCAAAACACUGAAAUGUUUCAACAUGUCCUUUCUGGCCACCAGAAUACUCCCCCUGCUGGAUGAGAAAGAAACGGACACAGAAUGAUAAAAUGUAAAAUAAAGAAACGAUUGCAGUGCUAACGAAGAGUAGUAUUUAUAGACAGUUUGGUGGUUGCCAGUUAUAGUGGUGUUUAAAAGGGAAGGAUGUGCAAUGUAACUCUCACUGAGGCAUGGACGACAGGGUAGAAACGUUCAACCAGAAAAGUUCAACCAGGACUCUCAGCAUCCAGCCUCCAACCUGAACCCGGAGAUAAGCAGAUCGAUCUACAUGCCAAUCACUAUUUUACAAUAUGGGCAUGAAAUGAGACAUGCAUAGUGGUGCUCCAGGGUGUGCUGGAGUCCCGCAUAGUGGUGAUUUCUCUGUUAAACCUGAUAAUUGAGUUCAGUCGGGUGUCUUUUGUAACAGGGAAUCAACAAGCUGUGCCGGACUCCGGUCUUCACCCUUCUACUACUCUAUGGGAAUAGCUCGGUAAAUCAUGUCAUUAUUUAUGUUAGCCAAACGAGUCCAUGUGAAUCCAUAGGCCUGUUGCUGAAAUCUAAUAUUCAGUUCAGUCACACCAAUCAACCUCAAUCGAUCACUCACUGGUUAAACCGUUCGGCGUGACGGCCGAGCAGAGGUCCGGGUUUACUGAGGUCCGUCUUUUUUGGUGUCACGUAUAAGUUAUUAUCCUGUUAUCGCUUACUCUCUGUUUUGUUGAGUGGCCAUGAUUUUGCCCAUCCCAAGCAGACAUUUUUGUUUUCUGGUUCCUCAGGUUGAUCAAAUGUGUGGAUUAGACAUGCUGUGGUUUGGCAGAAACAGACCAGCAAAGUUAACAUUUAAACUUACAACACGGUGAUCUCUAGAUCUGUAAGAGUAUAACUCAAAAGGCUGAACUGUGUGUGUGUGUGUGUGUGUGUGUGUGUGUGUGUGUGAGGUUCAGGUCUUGCCAAGAACCUGAGGCAUUUCAGUCCGUUUAGUUUUCCUAAGUCAUUACGAAAGAAAAACAUGGCUGUCAAAAAAGGGGGCAUGAAACGAUGUGAGAACUCGCAGAGGAAAUCGUAUAUCAUUUUGGGGGUGUCAGAAAAAGUCAAGGUCGUUCGGAGAUUUUCCCCAAGCCGGCGGCACUGCGUUGUAACAUCACACUAAAAUAUCAUCUCCCAUUUAGCCAAGAGCUCGGGUUCCUGAACUGGUUUGGUGUUUACGUUUCAGAUUUUCCCUCUCUCUCAGCAGCGCAGCGUCUUCUUCUGUAAUUUCUAUGUUUGGUUUAAUCCGAAAUCUUUUUCAAGCACUUUUUUUUCUUCUUCCAUUCUCUUUCUGUCCCUCCAUCCUUACUUGUAAGGUGACUGUGGAGUUGCACUGGCUUGUUCUUUUCUUUUCUUUUCUUUUUUGUGAAAGGAGGUACACGGUAGUAUUUCACCUACACACACGUUUUCCGGUAGAACCGAACUUGUGGGGACCGAAAGGUUCUCAUAAGCACAAUAAUGAUAAUGAGGAUUCACUUUGAGAUAAAACUGAGACACAUAUAUAAAUCUCACAAGCCACACACACACACACACACACACACACACAUACAGAGUAGUUUCCAAACCACAGAACUUUUUACAGUCUCAAUGCAUUUCCCCUUACGUUGGGCAGAACUUUUUCUCUGGUCCUCAUGAGGUUAGUGUGUGAAUGGGAUGCUGUUAACAGGAAUACAAAAACACACAAACAGCUCGACUCUCUCAUACGAGGUUCAUUUUCACUACAUAACUCCCAAGAAAUUCUGAAAAAGAGACACAUUCAUUAUGAAUCUGAUUUUUAAAUCAAUUUUCACUUUUCUUUUGACGUCAUCGAAAACGCUCCAACCGACACACGCUAUUUACGUUACCUUUUUUUUUCUCUUUCUUUUCUCAUUCCGUACACCAAAUCCAUUACCGGGAAACAUUUUACUAAACUGACUACAGAUCUGUAAAAAAAAUAAAAAAUCACAAAAAAUCUGCACUCAUAAUUACUAGACAUACACGCCCAAACACUCCAGCACCUCUCGGAUAACGCUGAAAACUGAAAUACUGUAUAUUUUCCAUCCGACCCCAUCUUGUUUGUGUGUGUGUGUGUUUGUGUGUGUGUGUGACCUUGCUGUUGUAACCUGAUUCAUGCAGACUGGACAGAUAUAACUCUGAAACUGAACCCCGCUGUAGUGUCUGUGGUUUCAUGCAGACAAGACAAUGACACCAGCAAAAAAAAAAGUGUGUGUGUGUGUGUUUUAUAACGGCGAGCGCUGUCCUUGAUAAGCAAGAACAGCAAGAAAAUAAAAGGCUUCAAGGAAAGAUUUGCUGCACUGUGGGCUAAUCGACAAAUCCAAACAAACCAAAGUGUGUUACAUAAGAAACCGCUUCUAUUGUGUUGUUAAAAGCCACUUACGUCCUUUCUGUGGCUUUAUGCUCAUAAAUUACAUAGAAUGCCCAAAACCCGUCCAACUGAAAUAAAAAAAAUAACAAUACUGUUGUUUUAACAGCAUUUACACCUAUAAACGGUGCCAAGGUUUUCAAACCAGUGCUAAUAUGCUCCCAUGAAACAGAAUUCUGUCUCAAAUCUGAAUGCAUGUCUUACUGCUAGCUAGCUACAGUACAGUAUCUUCGAUCUUAGCCUGGAUUUUCUGUCUUACAACAGUGGUUCACUUCUGAACAGGUUAGUUCGCCAUGGUGACACCGCACCAUUAACCCUGGACCCGUUCUUCGUACAUGGGGACUAAAUUAGCUGGAUUGGAUCGUCGUCGAUUUGACGCGAUCCUGGAUUUGUCCGUUGUUCGACGCCGUUGUCGGAUCUUGUUACCGAGACAACGAGCCUGUUUAGGCGGUUUGGAUUUCGGCUACGCAAGAAAGUCUUUCUUUGAAAAACGUACCGAUUAGGAGCCAGAAACGUUUACGCUUUUACUGUACGUCCACUUGUUUGGAGAUUAUUUAUAGCCUGAUUGUGUAAAGCCGGGUCCACGAGGGAAAGUCGUCAGUGGGCGUCGUGCUAUAAGUUAACCACGUUUGCAUGUGUUAGGUUUGGUUAAGUUUGCAAGACCGUAGCAGCUCAAAAAACAAAAGUACAGUUGGAGAAUCUGGUGCUUUUUUUCCAUGGCAAAAAAAAAAAAAAAAAAAUCAGCAAUGUUUACAAGAAGACAUUGUAAACAACCAACAACCAACCGUGGACUCUUCCUGUAGCCUGAUUUAGCAAAUAUGAAACAGUAAUCUGAACUGAAAUACAAUAAAUUGUGUUUAAACCAAGAGGACGGGUGUGAAGUGCCAUUUUAGACACUGUCUUUCUGUCCCUCCAUCCUUACUUCUAAGAUGAACAUGCAGUUGCAUUGGCUAUUUACUUAUUUAUUUAUUUUUGAACGGAGGUACACGGUUGUCAUUCGCCUCCACACACACGUUUUCUGGUAGAACUGAACUUGUGGGGACCAGAAGGUUCUCAUAAGCACAGAGAUCGCGGCAUCGCUGACGGGCCAAAAUGUGAUCAGACAACAUGAAGUGCCAUUUUAGAUUAGACGCUAAUGAUCUGGAAAAUUGAUGCAACUUUUUAUUAGGAGAUGAGUCCUAUACUUGACUUAUUGUCGAGAACGUACGCUCGUUUAAACUGUAACCAAAAAUGAUGCAUACUAUACAAAAGUUUAGUUUUUUUCUCCUGACUCGGAACCGAGUUCACACAGAGGCCACGAAACUAUUUUUUUUACCCACCUAAUUGUGUUUAAAAGCCAAAAAGCCGGUCUCAUGCUGCAGGUGCCAACGUGUCAGUCAGCAGGUGGAAUAACAUUUGGGUUUGAAUUUUUCCCCAAAUCGUUCAGGAAAUGUAUUGUGUAAUCAGCGAGACAGCCUGGUGAUGUGCCACACAUACAGUAAGGCGAGUCAGAGAAAGGGCAGAUCUACCCUGUAAAGCUUUCACUGCGUCCAGGCAUGUGCCGAUAAUCAGUUACAGGAUAUAUUACAAUAUUCAGGAUAUUACAUGAUCAGUUACAAAAUGUCAGCAUUAAACAUUGCUGCUGUUAUUAUAAGCAACGAGUCAUUUUUAAAGUGAAAUAAUAAUAUUUUGAGCCGUGAUAAAACGUUAGCCGGUUAUCACGAAAGACAAAAUGUAACGUCGGCGCAUGCCUAAUCAUGUCUCGGAUGUCGUACUGGAUUUUUUUUUGUGCGUGAGCGUGAGAGAGCUCUGCAUAUUCGUAAGGUUGGAUGUGAUUGCACUAUAUUGAUUAAUCAGGUCUGGACUCUGUUUUAUCCUAAAUUUAUGGGGCAUCGUGGGUUCUGCAGACCCGACGUCAUACAAUCGUUCUAUUCGACCUCACCUAGAAAUCACCAACAGCCAGAAUUAUGCAACGAUCGAUUCUUACUUACUUACAAAAAAAAUGUAAACAAAUUGCGAUUUUUAACCUUGUUCAAACUUUUCGCAGGUGAAAAAAAGCUGCCUUAACUGUCGCUUCUGCACUCCAGCAGUCUGAUGUGAAAAAUUGUCCACUUUGUAAAAAAAAAAAAAAAAAAAAACAA